AUGGCACCCACCCUCUGCCAGUACCGGCCAGUGGCCAUGGACGAAGGCUGGAAGGGGCUGCGCCCCGGGGGCCCCAGGCUGCUGCCCUGGGUGGGCGUCACCCUGCUCCUGACCACAGUGGCCCUGGGGGUGCCCCUCAUCAUCUUCAUUGUCAAGGCCAGCAGCAAGGGCUGCCAGGAUGGCCUCCUGGCGGUGAUGGAGUGUCGCAAUGAAACCCAUCUCCUAGAGCGCCAGCUCACCAGGGCCCAGGAGGGCUUCCAGGAGGCUGAGGCCCAGGCCGCCACCUGCAACCACACUGUGGCGACCUUGAUGUCCUCCCUGGAGGCAGAGAAGGCCCAAGGCCAGAAGCGAGUGGAAGAGCUUCAGGGAGAGAUCACGGCCGCGAACUUGAAGCUUCAGACCGCGUCCCAGGAGGUGGAGCAGCUGAG